AUGCUGACAGCAAUGACAGCGGCGCUGGCCUUGUGCAUUCUUUCCUUCAGCGGCCCAAUGUGGUUCAUCUUCAUGCGGCCGACAGCCUGGCUUGAGAGGAACCGCAUACGUGGCUAUGUGACACAGCCCAUGCAAGUGGACGUUGGCGAGGCCUGGGCUGCAAUGCGAUAG